GGCUACAGCUACUCAUAGGGGACAAGUUAUAUUCAAGGAUGCCUUAGCACAACAGCUGUGUGAACAGGGAGCCCCGACGGAAGCUCCCUUACAUCCUCACCUAGCUGAAAUGCACAGUGACAGUAUUAUCCUACGAGACGACUUUGACUCUUACCAUCAGCAAGAAUUGAAUCCUACCAUGUGGUCUGAAUGCAGUAACUGCGAGGUUGGAGAGCAGUGCAGUGUGAUAAUGCACGGCAACGCCAUCACUUUCUGCGAGCCAUAUGGUCCCAGAGAAUUGAUCACCACUGGCCUUAACACAACUACUGCAUCCGUCCUUCAAUUUUCCCUUG